CCAUAUACAAACCCGAUCCAUAUUCAUCAUCCUUGCCUGAAGGCUGAAAUCGGAAAUCUCACACGGAGAGAGAGAGAGAGAGAGAGCGCCGCUCUUAUCGAAUUCAAACCUGACAUUGCAAUGCUCAGCCAAAGCUCUAGCGUCGACUCUCUUUUGGCUCCGGAUCUCAGGUUCAGGGCCUGUUUGGCUCCGCGAACAAGCGCAAGCUCACUGAGCCUCUCCAUGGACCACGGUACCAAAGAAAAGCUUCGAACUUCUCCUCUUCCUUCUUCUUUGGCGCUAACGAAGCAGUCUUCGAAGCACAUAAAUCCAGUCUUGGGUUGUCGGUCUUCUGCGCGCGACACUCGAGAGACCUCGCCCAGGAAAGAUGAUGGACCAACACAUGGAGUAUCUGAAAUGAUAGUUGGUGUCCUGGGCGGAGGCCAACUAGGUCGUAUGCUAUGUCAAGCAGCAUCAAAAAUGGCAAUCAAAAUAAUGGUUUUGGAUCCACUUGAGAACUGCCCAGCGAGUGCACUUGCUUAUUAUCAUAUGGUUGGAAGCUUUGAUGACAGCUCCAUGGUCCAGGAAUUUGCAAAGAGGUGUGGAGUAUUGACUGUAGAAAUUGAACAUGUUGACGUUGCAACCCUAGAGAUGCUUGAGCAACAAGGAGUGGAUUGCCAACCAAAAGCCUCUACGAUCCGAAUAAUUCAGGACAAAUAUCUCCAAAAGGUUCAUUUUUCUCAGCAUGCCAUUCCCCUUCCUGAGUUUAUGCAGAUAGAUGAUCUUGAAGGUGCCAAGAGAGCAGGUGAUCUAUUUGGUUAUCCUCUCAUGAUUAAGAGCAAAAGAUUAGCUUAUGAUGGGCGUGGAAAUGCUGUUGCUAACAGUGAGGAGGAGCUCCCCUCUGCUGUAACUGCUCUUGGAGGAUUUGAUCGUGGUUUAUAUGUUGAGAAGUGGGCGCCCUUUGUAAAGGAGUUGGCUGUCAUUGUGGCAAGAGGAAGAGAUGAUUCCAUCUUGUGCUAUCCUGUUGUUGAGACCAUUCACAGGGAAAAUAUUUGUCACAUAGUCAAGGCACCUGCUAAUGUGACAUGGGACAUCAGAAACCGUGCUACGGAUGUCGCCUACAAAGCCGUGAGUUCGUUAGAAGGUGCUGGUGUUUUUGCAGUUGAACUGUUUUUGACUGGGGAUGGUCAGAUUCUGUUAAAUGAAGUGGCUCCUAGACCACACAAUAGUGGUCAUCACACAAUUGAGUCUUGCUACACCUCACAAUAUGAACAACAUUUGCGGGCUGUUGCCGGUCUUCCACUUGGUGAUCCAUCAAUGAAGUCUCCUGCUGCCAUCAUGUACAAUAUACUAGGCGAAGAUGAGGGUGAGUCUGGGUUUGUUUUAGCUCACCAACUAAUCAAAAGGGCAUUGAGUAUUCCAAGGGCUACUGUUCAUUGGUAUGAUAAGCCAGAAAUGCGAAAGCAGCGAAAGAUGGGCCAUGUCACCAUUGUUGGCUCUUCGUUGGGUGAAGUGGAAGAACAAUUAAAAGCAAUGCUGAAGGAAGAAUGCUCCAGUUAUCCUUCCGCAGUAACACCACAUGUUGGGAUCAUUAUGGGCUCUGAUUCAGAUCUUCCUGUUAUGAAGGAUGCUGCAAGGAUUUUGAAUAUGUUUGAUGUGCCUUAUGAGGUGAAAAUAGUUUCAGCUCACCGGACCCCUGAAGUGAUGUUUUCUUAUGCCUCGUCUGCUUGGGAGCGAGGCAUUCAGGUUAUAAUUGCUGGUGCUGGUGGUGCAGCCCACUUGCCAGGUAUGGUAGCUGCACUCACUCCCUUGCCUGUUAUUGGUGUCCCCGUGCGUGCUUCUGCAUUGGAUGGACUUGAUUCGCUUCUAUCCAUUGUCCAGAUGCCGAGAGGUGUCCCAGUUGCAACAGUCGCAAUAAACAAUGCCACCAAUGCAGGUUUGCUUGCUGUAAGGAUGUUGGGGAUUAAAGAUGUUGAUCUACUGGCAAGAAUGAGUCAGUAUCAAGAAGAUACAAAGAAUGAUGUCUUGAAAAAAGCAGAGAAGCUGGAAAAGGAUGGUUGGGAAUCAUAUUUGAAUCCCUGAGUACGAAGCAGCUCUUGCAAUGGUUUCAUGAGUUCAACAUUAAUUAUGGAACUUCGAGUUGGACCUAAUAUUAGGAAGGAACAGAAGGAAAUGUCCAGAUAACAAGUAUCAAGUGAAUCAUGAUUUUGUAAGAUUAAUAAAGACAUGCUAAGAGGAAAAAGAAAAAGAAAAUAAAAAAGUGUGAAGGGGAAGUAUCAAUUUUGCUUCAGACUGGAGAGUCAAGAAAUGAAAUUACUUAUUAAAAAAAAAUAGGACAAAAAAAAUAGAAAAUCCAGAUGUGGUAGGAGAUUGAGGGAAGGAAGAAGCCUUCUGCCCAUUGUUGUAUUCUAUAAGAUUCACUGUACUGGUUUAGUUUAUUGAUUUGAAGAACUUCCUCA